AUGGCUAUGGCGCUAGCUCAAGAACCGGAAACUAUUGUACUGCUGCUCUCCACUCAUCUAUCUCGAAAUGCCGAUUAUAUUAGCAGAUUACUACUCAAGCAUCCAUACAGAACAUGCCAUAUUGUAUCAUCAAUAUCCGAGUCGUUUCAUGCUAUCGAAGUAGCAUCUGAUGAAUCGCUAGUGGGAAUCUGGACAUCAUCCACUACCGUCUCCGAGGACCGUGAGUUUGAUAUAUCCUACUAUGCCACUGUUGAGACUCGACUGCAGGACUGGAUGCAAGAAAGUGCGCAACUCCAUAAAGUGAAUACCAAACAUCGAGACUAUAUUGUAUCUGUUCAACAUCAACCACUUUCGUUUUCCUUGAUAUCAAACGACCUGUUUUUGCUUCCAGUAUCUGCUUUAUUUUUCCCUCGAAUUCCUGCCGUGGGUGAAUCUGCACCUUUAUCAGUAAGCUCUUCGCCGACUGCAUCAUCCAGACUCAGUGCGUCCAAAGCAGAUGAUCUCAAAGUCCGGGAAUUUUCAUGUGCAUUAUCAACUCUUUUGGAUUCUCUUAAUAUCAAAGAAGAUAUAUUUGUAUUGGGAUCUACAUCUCAGCAGAUUGGACGAACAAUUAUCAACCAAUCUGCGUCAUCCCACCGCAGACAAAGUGACAAGACUGCUGCUUUGAUUAUUGUCGAUCGAACACUGGAUUUGGUAUCGCCUGUCAUGCACUCUGACAAUUUGUUGGAUCACAUCUGGUCUACCUUGCCACGCCAGGCAUCCCACAUACUGGACGUUUCUGUGAAACCACAGUACCUUGUUCCUUUAGAAUUAUCAACCCAAAACAAUGUUUUUGAUCACGGGCCAUUUUUAUCACUUGGUCAUGGACUUGAUGAAGAAUGUCUUGAAUUUAUAUCCGUUUUAUUGAGACUUGGAAAAAGAGAAGGACUUGUGGCAGCACGGAGAAGAUUGGUCGAUAUUUUAUCUCAUGAAGUUUCAGAUGUGACAAUACCCAAGGUUCUUGGUCGUGUUACAGUGAAGCAAUUGGAGACUCUGGGUGCUCAAAUGUGUAGCCAAUACGGUAUAUGGAGUUUCAGGGAAGGCAUUGCAAGUUCCAAAUCCAUGUAUGAUGAGUUGAUUGGAAUUGAAAAAGUGCUUUCUGGUUCAAUGGCAGAAACAAUGGAAUCAUCCAUUAUGGUCGAGCAACUAUGCCAGUUACUACAGAAGUUUAUCGACAAAAAGAAGCUGAAAAGCGAGUCUAAUACCAAUGUGGCAUCCGAGAUGAUCACUGCAAAGGAUGUUUUAAUGUUGACAUUGUAUUCUUAUUCAUUGCUGGGCGAUUCAGUACACAUACCUCAGGCUCAGGAAGCCUCACUACAAGAUGCAUUCUUUCGGGCAAUGAUGGCAGUAGGUGUAUUUAUGGUUUACAUAUUUUAUAAUUUACUGAUAAGAAGCAUGCAAACUAUUGUUUUCAUCCAAAAGGCUAGUUCUGGAGCAAAUCCAAAAGCAAUUCGGGGAUGGGUUGUUCGUGUAUUUACUCAAUUGAGGCAGAUCUCACAAAUACGCUCAGAGCUACAUCAUUUUAGGCAUGUGAUUCAACCCCAUCAGCAGCCGGCAUACGAUCCACUAUUAGUUCAGGUUGCCCGAAGAGCAGUGGAGCCAAGUAGUGUUUCAGAUAUGGCAAUACCGAGUCAAAUAGACGAAGACUGGACACAUAUUCCUUAUGGUGGAACGCUAGGAUCAGUCAUGAGUGGGUUUUCUCGGAUGUUGGGUGCGGUGGCUAAAAAGUCUCAUCCUUCGCAGUUCAAAAAUAUAAUCGUCGUUGUAGUUGGUGGUAUUACAUUUGAAGAGACUGGCCGUGUUCGCGACGAGCUCCAAUCUCGUGGCCAAAAUGCACUUGUUGGUAGUACAAACAUUGCAUCAACAGAUACCAUCAUGGCACAUGUAUUCAAAUCAAAAUAA